UGGCGGCUGGAGUUCUAUAAAAUUUGCAUUAAAAUCAAAAUCAGCUGGGAAUAAUCUGUGUUGGAACGCCGCCUUUUAUAAAACAAUACCAGAAAAAAAUUUUCAACAACUUUUAAAAUAUCUUUUUCAAAUGUUCAAGUUUCUGCGGGGGAGUAAAAAGCAACAAAACACUGAGAAUGCAGGCAGUGACGCAGACACCGAUCAGUCCGCGCUAGAGACGAUAAAUCGUGUGGAUGCAGAAUCUGGUCUAGAAGAGGUGUUAAACCCUUUAUUUCUUCAGAUAGAGCCGACAUCCCCAGAGGAAUUUUCAGUUCCUGUGGCAGAAGCUGAGCGGCUAUGGGCCAGAUUUCAGCAGCUUGGACCCAAUGGUGAACAAACUUUACCAAAUGAAGCAUUUCAACAGCAUCUUUUCACAUCAGAUCCAUUUGCAAGACAGAUUUGGAGAACUUUUCCAAGAGAUGAGAAUGGAAAUGUGAACUUCCAUGCAUUUGUUGGUGUAUUGAUGUGGUGGAAAACUGCUCCACUGGAUAAGAAACUAGCAGGGAUUUUUAAAUUGCUGAACAAAUCACAACCUUUGGACGUCCCAGUGUUACAACAGAUCUUGAUGUCACUUGAUAGCACCAUUGAUGAAGAAACCGCCAAUUCAAGAGCAGCCCUACUUGUCAAGACAUUGGAUAACAAAGAUCAGGGAUAUAUUGACGCCGAUCAGUGGGUGAACUGGAUUUUACAACUCCCAGAAGAUGAGAUAACUAAACUCACAAAAUUCUCGAUCAUUCCUGAGGAAUUAAAUAUACCGGCACCACAUAGUAG